AUGCCAUCACCUUCUACACUAAAGGAAAUGCAACGACUAGCCGGCCGGCUAGCCGCUUUGAAUAGAUUCCUAGCUAACCACGUGGCUAAAUCUUACCCCUUUAUCAGCACUCUGCGGAACUGCUUAAAAAAGGAACAGUUCCAGUGGACCGCAGAGGCAGAAAACGCCUUCCGGGAGAUGAAAGAGUGUUUGAUCCAACUCCCAACGCUCACUGCACCACGCAAGAAAGAACCGCUCAUCCUAUACCUAUCAACCGCGGACAACGCGGUAGGUGCGAUGCUCAUCGUGGAACGAGAAGGAGUCCAAACACCAAUCUAUUACGUCAGCAAAAUGCUAAAUGAUCCAAAGACAAGAUACUCCAUCAUGGAGAAGUUGGUACUCGCGCUGGUACACGCAUCCAGACGGCUACGCCGUUACUUUGCAAAUCACAUCAUCACCGUGUUAACCAACUACCGGAUCGGGCAAAUCCUCUCUAAGCCUGAAAUCUCUGGAAGACUAGCAAAAUGGGCCAUUAAACUGGGCGCAAAUACUUUGGUUUACAAACCACGCCCAACAAUCAAAGGCCAAGUCUUAGCUGACUUCGCCGCGGAAGUACCGGCGAAUCGCAUUCAAGAAUGCGAAGAUGAACAAACCCCUAUACCUCCACCAUCCUCAUCAGACAUUUGGGCACUAUAUACUAAUGGUGCGUCCAACGAAGACGGUGCGGGUGCAGGUCUGCGACUCGUAAGCCCUGAUGGUCAAGAGCUCACCUACGCCAUCCGCCUCGAUUUUAAGAGUACAAAUAACGAGGCAGAAUACGAGGCUUUGCUAGCAGGGCUACGCUUGGCAGUCAAGCUCGGCGUCCAACAUUUGGAAGCACACGUCGACUCAUUACUAAUUGCGGGGCAGAUCCGCGGCGACUAUGCCGCGAAAGGAGAUAUCAUGAUCCUCUAUCUCGAACAAGCAAUGCAACUGAAAUCCAAGUUCACGUCCUUCAAUAUCCGACAUAUCAACAGGAGUGAAAACAAACCCGCGGAUGCACUUUCAAAACUCGCAUCCACCAGCUUCCAACAUCUGGCAAAAGAGAUACAUAUUGAGAUCCUGCAAAAUCCCUCAGUACCCCUGCGCCAAGUCAACGUCAUCCAAUACGGGACAACGUCUUGGAUGACAACAAUCAUCGCAUAUUUACAAUCAGGUGUUACCCCCGAGAGCAAAGCAGAGGAACGCAAACUACAAUACAAGGCGUUCCACUAUCAGAUGGGGGACGGUAUUUUAUACCGCAAAUCAUACCUGGGGCUACUUCUACGAUGCGUCAACCCUUAG